AUGGCGGAGUCGGCGAGCAAGUCGGGUGUGGGCUCGCCAGCGACGCCAGUGGCGAUGCCACAGACGACGACGGGGCAGGAGAUUGAUGCCCAGUUGAAGGCCAUUGAUGAGGCAGCGAGUUUGGACGCGAAUAUCGACCCGCAGUUUGCUCAGGAACUUAUUCAGGCUACCAGUGGAGUCAUUGGCGAGGCUGCUGUAGGCAGCUUGCUCGCUGGGGGCGAUUUGUUAGGGGAAGUUGGCGGUACUAACGGGUCUGGUUCGACGGGAAAGUCGAAGAAAAAGGUCCGGAGAGAAUACUUGCCAGAAGAAAUCCCCGAAGAAUAUCGAGAAAAACCCCAGCACUCAUACUCACAUUUGAUUGCAACAGCUUUGCGGUCAAGAGCUCCUCUGACAGGACUAUCGCUGUCGGAUAUUUAUAAAGCGAUUCAGGAAAUCUUCCCGUACUACGAAUACUGUCCUCAUGGAUGGCAGAACUCGGUGCGUCACAACCUGUCUUCGAAUAAGGCGUUUAGAAAAGUGUCGAAAGAAGGCAAGGGAUGGCUGUGGGGUAUUGAUGAAGAGUACUUUUUGGAAAAAGAACGACAGAAAAAGAAGGCUGCUGCUGCCAAGAGCAAAGCAGCCGCUAUUCAGGCUGCUCAACAGGCAGCUCGUCAACAGCAACAACAGCUUCAACAGCAACAGCAGCAACAACAGUUACAAUUACAACAAUUACAGUUGCAACAACAGCAAAAUGAAAUCAAUAAUAUCCUCAAUGCGACUACUGACGAACAAUUACAGUUGUUACAGCAGCAGCUACAACAACCGAAAAAACAAAAGUCUAUUGCUGAACUGGCGAGAGAAAUCGAGAUUAAUAGAACUGGUGAUGGCACGUAUCAUGCGAAUUACUCGGAAAUGACUCGAGAAUCGCUUGGUAUUGGCUCAUCUGGCAAUGCUGCUGGUGGAAAUGGCAAUAGACCACUGUCUGGAUCUACACGGAUUCUACCGGGUGGUACACAAGGUAGACAGGCCAGUUUUACAGAAUAUACCAGGGCCAGUGGAUCAGGAGCACCAGUUUCACCAUCUCCAAAUAGUAUUCAGGCCCAAUUGGCUGCUAAUCUGCAACGUCAAGCAGCCUUGAGUCGAGGAGGUGCCAACUCCAGUGGUGCUAAUAGCUCUACUAGCAGUGGUACCACUACUCCAUUAGUACAACCAUCUCUAGCAGCUGGUCAGAAUACAUUCCGAAUGGCCAAACCACCUAAACAACAGGGUAAUGUCAAUAUGACCACCCAAGCUCCUGGACAGACUCCAUCUCUCAAACAGUCUACAUCAGUACCACAAAUGAGAGUUCAACCAUCGAAAUUCUAUCAAGCUGGGAAUGCUGGUCAGUCCAACUCGACGAUAUCGUCAACUCCAGUUCCUGCUGGUGGUGCAAAUGCUGGUUCGAGUGCUAAUAAAUCCAAUGCUACAGUAGCAGCAGUACAAUCAGCAGGUUUAUCAUUAGCACCUGACACAAUCAAGGCAUUAGGAGUGUUACAACAAAAGAUACAAACACAGAUUCAAAGUAUGGGUAUUGGCACCGGAGCCAACUCGCAACUUCUGACUAAUGCCCUGGCUGUAGCAAUUGCACAAGCUGUAAAGACAGGAGGAGCCAACAGCAUCUCUUCGCUGUUGAAUGGAAAGAACCCUGCUCAACUCACUCAGCUUCUACAAACAGCACUGGCAGCUAUGGCUAAAAAGAAAUCUCCUGCUGCUGGACCCUCGGCACCAGCCACAUCUACUGCUACUACUGCUCCAACCAGUUCAGCACCUGUUGCACCAACUGCUACCAGUACUGCUGCAGCUGAUACCGUACCUGUAACACCUGUUGCUGUUGCUCCUGUUAGUAACACACAGUUACCUCCAGCUACGAGCACACCAGUUUCUUCUGCAACAAUUCCUGCUGUAACUUCAGUCCCGGUUUCUGCUCCUCCACCAACAUCUGUGGAUCUCACACAGACUCCUUUCGAGUCACCAGCUCCACAGAACACAUCUACAGCCCCCUCUGUCAACACUCUAUCCAACGGUCUGGCUGAAAAUCCAACAUCCACGACCCCAGUUCAACCCCCUGUUGCUGCUGCUGCUGCUGCUGCUGUUGCAACACCUGUGUCAGCACCUGCUCCUCCCGUGUCUUCUGCUCCUACAACAGCCACAACGGCAUCUGCUGCCCCUGCUAAACCAGCAGCGAAACCGUCUGCUGCGACCAUUGCACAACUGCUGGCACAAGCCAGCAAAAUCAGCAACCCGUCUCCCAGCAUGAAAGCAGCACUCGAGCAGCUCCGAGCACACGCCAGCAAACUCAAUGCGACGUCUGCCAGUUCACCAUCAACUGCAGCCACCGGCCCCACCACAUCCUCGCUCCCCAAACGGCCGUCGGACGAGCCCCUAGAAACACUCGACACCUCGGCCAUCAAAGCGCCCAAAAGCGGCUGA